GACCAUAGCGGCUGGCGGUCAGCAGAAAUCGGCUGAGUGGUUGUAUCCAGCCGUGAUAGGGAAAGCUUAGUAAAUCUCUCAGCGGCUGGCUUCCAGCGGUGACAUCUGACAGCUACUGCUGGCUCAGCUGUCCAGCCGCUGUGGUCGUCCGAAUGCACCAUGUAACGUGACAGGGUGACAAACAAAAUUUCGACCAAUCACGUGCCGAAUUUCAUACAGUUUUCGAUACAAGAACUUGCAUAGAACAUAGAAUAUAGAAUAGUGUCAUACACGGCACAAAUGUACGUACAAGAAAUGAUACAAGAAACGAAUAUCAGAAACGAUAAUGACGAAAGGCUAAUUAACCCACGCGGUACCGACGUUGCCAAAUGUUGAUAUCUUCAUCCUUCUGUCAAAGUCACAGGCAAUGUGAGGUUAUGAGUUAUUUGUUGUUGUUUUCUUGUCACAGAGCUAGCAAAAUGUUAAGAUGAUUUUAUUUUUAUUGUGGAAUAGGGCUUUUCAUUCACAGUCAUUUGUUUCGAGCUUCUGUCAAAUGUCGUAUAAUCUGUGUAUAGUAAUAUUAUACACAGGCUAUACAACAUAUGACAGAAGCUCGAAACAAAUGACAAUCGAUGAAAAGCCCUAUUGGAAGAAGGAAAUGUAAGUAAUCAUGGAAUUAAAACUUAAAAAUAAUAAUUAUAUAAAGUCAUGAGAUUCAAAAAUACAAUUCUAUAUUAUAAUAAUCAGAAAACAAUAUUGUUUUAAAAAGAAAAGGUUGAUUAUGGUGAAGAAGUAAAACAAAAUUACUUAUAUGCUAAGUUUAUUGAAGAGUGAAGAUCUUGAACAAGAGAUAACGCAAACAUCUAGGAGAUUUUUGAUGAGAUGCCAAUCAGCCAAUCCUGCGUUCUUAGAAAAAAGCCAGUCCCAGAAGGAAACUACCAAUAAUAAAGUAGAGAAUUUAUUACACCAAAGAACAAAGCUAAUACUCAACAUAGAUCAACUGAUCCACAUAGAAAAGGAGGAGCAAAGGGCACAACAGAAGCAGGCCAGACAAAAGAAAAUGACAGAAGAGAGACACAGAAAAGAAAUUAAUUUAUUAAAUUUAAAAAUUAAAUUACGCUAAGGACAAUUAAAUAAAGAAUAAAAAAAUUAAAACAUGUA